AUGUCUUCCAACAAGGGAUACAACAUCACCAGCUCUGGCAUGAACAGCCAGAAGAGUGCUCUAGAGAAGAAGAGUCACUCGGUUGUCUCUGCUAUCGCAGGGCGGAGCUGGAAUAUGGAAACGCCUGAUGUCCGACAGAAAUAUGAAAUGCUAGCCCAUAUGGAGCGUCUGGGUCAUGCUGAAGCGCACCCAGACUAUAGGUUCUCACCCAUAAAGCGAAAGCGGUCUCCGGUGAGAAAGGAAGCCUCGGCAGAUUCUAAAGUCCCCAGUACACCUAUUGGCGAGGACUUGGAGCCUCUGUUUGAAGAUACCGAAAGCACUCUCCACGCCACUGAAGGCUCCUGGUGGCUGCAUGGUGAGGGCUUACGGUAUUCUGCACUACAGAAUUUUAAGAUGGGCUAUUCGUCUAAUUUGUUUGGGUUGCCUGACACAUACAACGGGUUAUGGUUUUCUGACCGGCUGUCUGUUCCUUGGGCGGAUUGGACCGUCGGUUGCUAG